AUGGGGGAGACAGAUAGGAAGGAUAAGGACAAAAUGGAGGGAGGGGAAAAGAGAAGGAAGCUGGACAAGGAGGAAGAGGAUGUGGACAAGGAUGAAGGGGAUGACGAAAGGGAGAUGGCAAGGAGAAUCGAGACAGCGGUGAGAAGUGCUCUCGGCCGGGUCAGAGAUGAGGGAAUGGAGAUGUAUAGGGGAGAGGAAGAAAGCGGAGAGGAAGAGAUGGACGAGGAGCAGGAAGAGAAAGGAAAUAAGGGCUGGCCGGACCCGGAGAACAAGCUCAAGAACCGGGAUUUUGUCCUCACCCGGAUUGGGUUCGCUACGGAUAGUGCCAACCUUAUCGAGCAGGCCACCACUAAGAGCAAGAGAUUGAGCAAGGCAGAAAAGGUUACCAUCACCGGGCAUAGUGACGCACUGAGGAGAUAUUGCAAGGAAAUUGGAAAAGUGUUUAAAUUAAGGACAGAGGCAUUGGAAGAAAGUGUUAGGGGAUGGGAAGAAUGGUGGAAUGAAAGGAAAGGCAGAGAAAAUAAGAGGUGGAAGGAGUUAGAGGAAUGGGAAAGGAAAGGAAAGCAAUGGGAGGCCGAAAGGAGUGAAUGGGUACGCAAAGAAAAGGAAUGGGAUAAGGAGAGGAAGUUAUGGGAAGCUAAAGAGGGAGUUUGGAAGAUAGACAGGAAGGGAUGGGAUAUGGACAUAAAGCAGUGGACCAAGGAAAGGGAACAAUGGAUAAAGGAAAGGGAAGAAGCGGCGAACACGACGGCGGAGUUGGCCGCACGGAAAAGGAUUGAAUGGGAAAUCAAAGAAGGGAAAUGGGAGCUGGAGAGGCAUAAGUGGCGUGCUGAUAGGAUGACCUGGGAAAGCAAGGAAAAAAGAUGGGGGCAGGAGUCGGAAGAGUGGAAUAUGGAAAGGAGGGGAUUGAUUAGGGAACGGGAAAAGGCGGCGAACUCAAUGACGGCGUUGGCCGCCAGGAGGAAUAACUCGACGGAUCGGGCCGAGUCUCCGUUUCCGGAGGUGCGGCCCGAUCUGAGGGACAGAGCGACGUCCCCCAUGCGGGACGCCGUGCAGAGGCGUCGGUCGGCGGUGGCCGCCGGGGCGCCGCCGACCGGGGAGGGGCCCUCCGUGCCCGCCGGGCCCGUCGCGGGGUCGUGGCUGGGUCGCGGCGGGUGGGGCGGGCGGAAGGAGAGGCAGGGGCCCAAAAUGGGGGGAAAGGGGGACGCCGGGCUUGGGGCGCCUGAUGGUGCCCAGGGUGCGCCGGUGCCGCCGGCGACGGCGGUGGUGGCGGUGCGCGUGGAGGGGGGCCUCUCGUACGCGGAGGCUAUCCGCAGGGUGCGGGAGGUCCCCCUCCAGAGAAUGGGGGUCCGUCCGGCCUUUGUGAGGAGAGCCGCGAACGGCGGCCUCCUCCUGGGGCUGGCGGGCCCAGACAGAGAAGGUAGGGACCGGGGAGCCGACUACCUGGCUGAUAAGGUCAGGGCGGCGCUCCCCGGGGCCUCGGGCUCCCCGCGUGGCGGCGGCCGUGACGGUGCCCGCACGGUCGGAGGUGCAGGACCCCUGAAAGCGGUUCAGUCCCUUGUAGACUGGGGCGUGAAUAGGGGGCUGGAGUCCAGUGUUCCUGUGCGGAAUUCCCGGGAACCAGUGGCAUAG